CACAUGGCUUCACCUAAUGGUGUGGGAAGCUGAGACACGUAGUCUAGCUUUUUGCCUGGGAAGAAGAGGAAAAUGUAUUUGGACAAACAGCUAGAAAUCUCUUUCUGUUCUCUGGAAGAGCUUGUAUAAGAUAAGAAAUACUUGAAAAUGGGUUUUUAUAACCACUUAACCUAUUUUCUGGCUGCUGGUGCUGUUAGUUUGGGAAUUGGUUUCUUUGCUUUGGCAUCUGCUUUGUGGUUCCUAAUUUGCAAACGAAGAGAAAUAUUUCAAAAUUCCAAAUUUAAAGCAACUUGUGAGAGAUUCAGGCAAAAACCAUCAAAGGCAAAUAUGAAAUCUCAUUCUCAGUGUGUUUUUAUUUCUCGAAAUUUUCAUACUGGAAGAUUCCAAUUACAGGAGGAGCAAAGAAAAAAAGAAGCAGCACGUAUAAAAGCAAUUAAAGAUCACUCUAAAAAUGAAUUCCGCUUUGCAACAAAGAAAAUCAUCAGUGAUCUCCCAGAGACUAGCUCAGCAACAAAUGGCAGCAGCAUUCCAUUAAGCUUAUCAACAUUACCAUCUGAAGCUUAUUACAGCCAAAGUAUUGAAGCAGCUGAAGACUGGUAUUCUGAUGAUUCUCUCGAAGAAAAGAAUUCUUCAAAGCCUCUUCUCAGGGAACCUCUAAUGGAAAAAGUAUUUUCAUACCUGUCAACAAUUUCAUUAGAAGAAUGUACUGAAAAUGUAAUGAAUAUGGCACUCUAUGAUGAUGAAAAUGAUGACAACAGUAAGGAAAUGUUUUCACGAAGAAACACAGAGGUCGAAAUACAAAACCUUCAACAUAAUGCUGAAUGACUUUUUUUCUUUUGAAACCUUGUAUAUACUGAAAUCAGGUAAAGUCAAAACUGAAUUUCCAGCUUUUGAGUCUCUUAACAUGUUCACAUUAAUAUUGCUUUUCUUCUUAGUUAUCAAAGAGUGGUCCUACUUCUCCUGCUGAUUCUUAUUUCUAGAAUCAAAAUUGUGGGAAGAAGUACAGUAGUAUCAUAAACAUUAAGUUUAACUCCCUGUAUCUCAUCAAAAGAUACCACAAAUAUAGAAAUGUGUUUUCAACACACAAGAGAAAUACUUUAAGAAAUCUUUAGCAUGAAUACAUUUUUAAUAAAACAUCCACAACAUUUCUUUAUAA